GUGUAUCGCUGGAUCACUGUGACGCCGAAGAAAACUUCUGUUCUGCGGUUAUAAGCACCUUUAAUUUGGUCUGAUUUGUGGAUGUUUCCUCCCGAUGGACAUCAGAGAGGAAUAGGAGUUAGACGCAAAUUAAGGCGAUCACCAAAAACUCUCAAAGAAACUGAAUGAAUUCAGCCGGUGAUCUGCCUGUGAACCUGACGUUGAAGAUGUUGCUGAAGAAGACGCAACGUAGAUAAAUGGGUACACAUAAUAAAUGAGAAAUGUUGUAGUGAAUUCAUUAGGUAUUAAAUGAGUCGUGGACUUCAGUGGUAAUCGCCGAAGUGCAGCUGUAGUAUCACCCCGGGCCGCGCGGUGCCGCUGUUUCUCCGUCGCUGUUUGGCUCGGAUCCAACCGACCCGGAUCUUUGGCGGAACUUAGCGGUCGGUUAGCAACAACAACAACAGCGGGAUGCGCGGACAGCUGUCAGCCUGAAGCGGAGCAAACUGCGUUUUAUUCACGCGGUUGUUCCAACUGCGCCGACAUGCGUGACACGCAGGAGCUUGUGCAAGGAGCCUGAUCGCUCCCGCGGUUCCCCGGUUCACCGACGGAGUGUGAAAUGAGCAGAGAAAUGGGUCAUCGGAGAGAGAGCGGAUCCACCGCUGCUGCCGCGGAGCUAGCAGGCUAACGAGCUAACAGGCUAACCGUCACAAUGAAGAGGAUCUCUUAAACUUUAUCAACACGUGCACUCAGUGACAGCCACAGCCCGGUACCAUGGACGCACUGCUGGAUUUUGAGGAGUGUGUCAAAGACUCGCCCGAGUUCAGACUGAACCUGGAUCAGUUUGAGACGGAGAUUUCCCUGCUGGAGACACACCUGGAAAAGGUGAUGCAGCUGUGUGGUAAGAUGGUGGAGGCGGGACAAGCAUACACUUCAGCCAAUCAGCUGUUCCUGAGCGGCCUGGCUGAACUCUCCGUGUACCAGAAGAAGGACAGCGUCGUCACUAACUGUCUGAACCAGUUCAACCAGGGCCUGCAGGAGAUGGUCAGCUUUCACACUAUGCUGUUUGAUCAGACUCAGAGAGCCAUCAGCCAACAGCUGACCAACCUCUGCACACAGUUCCUCCCGCAGCUGGCAGAGACCAGGAGGGAGUUUGUCCGGAUCGGUGAGGAUCUGGAGACGGCGGCGGUAAAAAACGCCCAGGUGUCUCGCCACAAAGCCGGCGAGGCCGAGAGGGCCAGUCACCUGCUGCUCGCCACUCGUAAAUGCUACCAGCACUUUGCCCUGGACUACUGUCUGCAGCUUAAUACCUUCAAGACUCAGCAGAAGGUUGACAUCUUAAACUCGGUUUUCUCCUUCGUCCACGCUCAGUUAACCUUCUUCCACCAAGGCUUCGACCUACUCAGAGACCUGGAGCCCACCAUGAAGACCAUGGCAGCACAGUUGUCCCAGCUGUCGUCAGACUGUGCGGCUAAAAGAAAAGACCUGGAGAACAAGCACCUGUUGGUGCAGCAGAGAGAUGCUUCAGGUGAGCCGAUGGUCAGCCCGUGUCCUGGGAGUGAUGACAUCAUCCAGGGUUACCUGUUCAAACGGUCCAGGAGGAAAUCCAAGACCUGGAAAAGGUGCUGGUUUUCCAUCAGAGACAACCAACUCAUUUACAGAAAGUCACACAAGGAGGACGCCGUGGUUCUGUUUGAGGAUCUCAGACUGUGCGCCGUCAAAUCCCUGGAGCACAUGGAUCGACGUUUCUGCUUCGAGCUGCUCUCCGUCCAGAAGUGUUGUGCCCUGCAGGCCGACUCGGAGCAGCUGAAGCAGGCCUGGCUCAGCGCUCUGCAGGGCAGCAUCGACCUCGCCUACAGAGAGAGAGCCAGCACUCCGCUCACACAGCCUAAAGAGCCCCCCCCUCCCCUGUGUGGUGGGGACAACUCCCCGGGGCCCCCCGCUCCGAGGCAGGCGGCCCUGGGCGUGGCCCUGAGGGGCCCCGGGAACCAGCGGUGCUGUGACUGCGGCGAGGAGGAGCCUCGCUGGGCCUCCAUCAACCUGGGCGUCACCAUGUGCAUCGAGUGUUCCGGCAUACACAGGAGCCUGGGUGUUCACCUGUCUAAGGUGCGAUCUCUGACUCUGGACUCAUGGGAGGCCGAACAACUGAAGCUUCUCUGUGUUCUGGGAAAUACUGUCAUGAACCAGAUCUACGAGGCUCGAUGUUCAGAGGAAGGACGAGUUAAACCCACAGCCGACAGCCCGCGAGCGGAGAAAGAGAUGUGGAUCAAAGAGAAAUAUGUGGAGAAGAGAUUUGUGCAGAACUGCAGCUCAGAUGGAGCUCAGCGGCGUAAGGACGAGGCCGGGCUGCGCCUGUAUCGGGCAGCGUUGGCGGGAGACCUGGUUGCCAUGGCAGCAGCGGUGGCCGAGGGGACGGAGGUCAACGGCAGCGUUUCCGAGGAGGACGGACGCACAGCGCUGAUCGGAGCCGCUGUCGGGGGGUCGCUGUUGGCCUGCGAGUUCCUGCUGCUGAACGGAGCAAACGUCAACCUCCGGGACCUGAGAGGGCAGGGGGCGCUGCACGCCGCCGCCACCGCUGGACACACCGGACAGGUGUGUCUGCUGUUGAAGAGAGGAGCCAAUCAGUACGCCGUGGACGAGCGAGGGCAGGACCCGUUGGCCAUCGCCGUGGAAACGGCCCACGCCGACAUCGUCACACUACUGCGGAUGGCCAGGAUGAAUGAGGAGAUGAGAGACUCAGAAGGAUUCUUUGGAGCUGUGGGAGACGACGAGACGUUUCAGGACAUCUUCCGUGACUUCAGCGACAUGGCCUCACACGACCCGGAGAAACUCAGCAGGCGGCAGUUCGCCCGGGGAGGAGAGGCCGACGGGGCGGAGGAGCGGGAGAGAGGAGGACGGGGCGGAGGAGCGGGAGAAAUGGCCAACAGUGUCGAAAAGACGUCAGAAUGACAGAACCCGAGGCUGGAGGCCCGUCGGGCCGCAGACCCUCUGUUAGACUUCUCUUAACGGUAGAGUCCAACCGACACCUUUCAUUUUAACCUGUAGAAGGGUUUAGAGCUUCAGAUGACUGACAGUUGACGUCUGAAACUGCGCUGAGCUCAUAAGAUAUAACAAUAUAGUGUAGUAUAUCCUGUAUAAUGACAGUCUAAGUACACACAAUAUACUCUAUGUACAGUUACUGUGGUUGGACAAAGUGUUACCAGUGUUCAAGAGGAUGGAAGAGGAACUAUGACUGCAGCCGACGUUUAGUUUCAUUAGCAUUCAUCAAUUAAUCUGCAGAUUACUCUCUCAGCUAAUCCUUUGCUCUUUCUAAUGUCAGAAUGUUGUGAAAUUAGCCUUCACAGUUUCAUUUAAAAACCCUCAUUAGGUCCAACGGACAGUCCAGAAUCCGUAAGUAUUCAGCUCUGUCUCAGAAAACUAAGGGAACUAGGAGCUGAGUCUUCACAUUUGAGAAGCCGGAAGCCGAGAAUUGUUUCGCUCGUUUUUCCUUAAACAGGGUUUCCGCAGGUCUCGAAAAAUGUCUGAAAAGUCUUUGAAUCUUGAAGUUUAUUUAAAAAAGGCCUCGGGAGAUAUUAAAGUCAUAGGAGGAUGGUUAGAAAGUGUAAAGCUUGUUGUUAAAUGCUUUUCUCUGUGAUUUUAGCAAAGACCUCUGACCGGAUGUAAACCUCUAAUGAAUUACUUGUUUUUUUGUGGUUAAUCUAUCCAUUUAUUCAUCCGUCCAUUGUGGGCUGCUCGUGGAGGUCGUGUAUAAUGAGUAAUUAAUUCAAGACAAGGAAUUAUUGUAGUAUACAGCAGGGAAGUGCUGACAAAACUGUGACAGAAGUUUCAAAAGUCGAACUCGUGUACUUGGUAAAUGACUCCAGACCUUAUCCUCCCUACCGGUGCUUGUUGGUGUCUUUCACAGUCUUGAGACAGGUAGUAAAUUACAUUCUGCGUGGUAUCAAAACGGUUUUAAAAAGUCUUCGGUUUAAAUUGUCGGACCUGCAGAAGCCCUGUUUAAAAAAAAUGACUCUUAACGGUUUGAUUAUCAGAACAGUUGCCGAUUCGAUUGAAUCGUUGGUUCAUUGUCUCGUCUCAGCUUUAGGAAGAACCUUCGUCCUUUCUGCUGCAUCCUAGCUCUGAAAAACAUUCAAACAUUCCUGUCAUUCUGACCCGAAUGAUCUUUUGUUAUGUUACGUCUCUGUAGCGGUUUGCUACCAGGUGAAACCAGAUCCAGACAAACAGUGAACAGCUGCUAUAAAAUGAGCUGAAUGGACGGUGUUAGUGUUCACAUUGGUUUCUACAGUUAAUUGUAAUUUCUCUAAAAAUUACAAAAAGAUCAGAGGACUUCUGUGUGCAUCUGAACCGGCCUCUCCUCCGCGUAGCGUCGCCACAGUUUUCAGUGGUUGACACCCUGUCGCGCCUCUGGGCUACCAGCAACCCCCCCCCCCCAAUAAAACCACAAACUGUGGUUGGUAGCCACGUUAGCAGCUGGAGGGUCGCGUCUCUCUGCGGGUCGGCCCAGGCCGAAAUAUCUCAGCAUCCACUGGACGUUUCUGGACAGACAUUCAUGGUCCCCCCCGUCAGGUUCAGAUUUAUGGUGUUUAGUGAAAUAACCGGAUGGACUGUGACGAAAUGUGGUUCAGAUGUUCACGUUGUCAUUUGCCCAGUACUUUGGUUUAUGACCCUACAGAGCAUAUGGAGAGGAAAUUACAGAAGGUAAAUACACUGAAAAGACGUCGACAUCAGAGGCAGGGCCUUCUGGCAGAAGUCACCACAUUUUCCACAUUUGCCUCAGUCUGGAGCUGAAGGUUCGACUGAGCGUUUUAUUAACCUUGAUUUGAUGUUUUGCUCUCUACUGUGUUCGCUAACCUGUGAUCAGAAAGGGAUUUCACGUGUAGCCGCUGUUACACGUCAGACUGAAGUGUUACCGUUACGUUUGUCGAGGAUUUUAGCCACUUUAUCAGGGAGUUUACAGCUCCGGAAAUGUCUGAGGUCUGAGUCUAGAAGCUGUUGAAACAUUUUUAUGAACGAGGACUGAAGUGGACCAACAGACCGUGAAGACAGAAUUCAGCGCUGAGGCAGAACCCUCGCGUCGCUGCUGUUACAGAACGUCGUGUUUUUACCGAGAUAUUUUUGAGAAACGUGGAUUUUUAGGGCUUCGGACCUGCUGAAAACUCGACUGCGUCAUUUGAGAAUCGGGUCCUGGAAGCUUUUCUCUCCUGAGGAGCAGGAGGACGGCGUGAGGGUCCUGCCUCGGGCUGGAUUUCUGUCUUUACCGACAAAACAUUUCAUUCCACACUGUUACUAAUGUGAUGCUACUGCUCAAUAAAAUGUCUUA